CGCGGCGGCGGAAAUGGCCGAGGGCCGGCGGCGGCGGCCAUGUUGGGAGCCGCUGGGUGCUGCUGAGGAGGCGCCGGUGUGAGGCGGCCGCGCCGGGCGCACCCGCCGCCCGCUCCCCCCCUUCCCCCGUUCUCCGCUCCCGGUCCCUGCCCCGACCCCCCCCAUGCCGCUGGCCUGGCCCCCCCCCGCUCCCUGAGCGCGGCCCGGGCUUCCCUUCCCUCUCCCCCCCCCCCCCCUCCCCGCACACCGCCUGCCGCGGCUUCCUUCUCCCUAUCGCGAUAGUCGCCGGCGGCUGUGGCGGGGGGGGGCUCGCCAUGUCGAGCAGCGGUCGCAGCCCUCUGCCUACUGUCAACGAGAGAGACGCGGAGCAGCCCGGGGAGGGGAAGGGCGUCGGGAAGCCCAACAUGCUGCGGGGCCGGAACUCGGGCAGCGCGGCAGAGGAGCAGCCCCACAUUGGCAACUACCGGCUCCUCAAGACCAUCGGCAAAGGCAACUUCGCCAAGGUCAAGCUGGCCCGGCACGUCCUCACCGGCAAGGAGGUUGCUGUGAAGAUCAUUGACAAGACGCAGCUCAACUCCUCCAGCCUACAGAAGCUCUUCCGGGAAGUGCGAAUAAUGAAGGUCCUGAACCACCCCAACAUAGUGAAGCUCUUCGAGGUGAUCGAGACGGAGAAGACGCUUUACCUGGUCAUGGAGUACGCCAGUGGGGGUGAGGUGUUUGACUACCUGGUAGCCCACGGACGCAUGAAGGAGAAGGAAGCCCGGGCCAAGUUCCGACAGAUAGUGUCAGCCGUGCAGUACUGCCACCAGAAGUUCAUUGUCCAUAGGGACUUGAAGGCCGAGAACCUGCUGCUGGACGCCGACAUGAACAUCAAAAUCGCUGAUUUUGGCUUCAGCAACGAGUUCACGUUUGGGAACAAGCUGGACACGUUCUGUGGGUCCCCCCCGUACGCAGCCCCCGAGCUCUUCCAGGGCAAGAAGUACGACGGGCCUGAGGUGGACGUCUGGAGCCUGGGGGUCAUCCUCUACACCCUGGUCAGUGGCUCCCUGCCCUUCGAUGGGCAGAACCUGAAGGAGCUGCGGGAGCGGGUGCUGCGGGGCAAGUACAGGAUCCCCUUCUACAUGUCCACCGACUGUGAGAACCUGCUCAAGAAGUUCCUCAUCCUUAAUCCUACCAAAAGGGGCACCUUGGAGCAAAUCAUGAAGGACCGCUGGAUGAACGUGGGCCACGAGGACGAUGAGCUGAAGCCCUACAUGGAACCUGUGCCAGACUACAAGGACCCCCGGAGGACAGAGCUGAUGGUGUCCAUGGGGUACACGCGGGAGGAGAUCCAGGAAUCCUUGGUGGGGCAGAAGUACAACGAGGUGAUGGCCACCUACCUGCUGCUGGACCACAAGAGCUCGGAGCUGGAGGAGAGCCUGUCCCUGAAGCCCCGGCCUGCCCCGGAGGUGGCCAACAGCUCGGGGCCGUCCCCGGCGCACAAGGUCCAGCGCAGCGUCUCUGCCAACCCCAAACGCCGCGUCAGCGACCAGGCCGGCCUCUCCAUCCCCACCUCGGCCUCCUACUCCAAGAAGACGCAGGCGGCCAACGCGGAGAACAAGAGGGGGGGGACAGAGGAGGAGGGGGGGCGCCGGGCGGGCAGCACAGCCAAGGUGCCCCCCAGCCCCUUGCCCGGCCUGGAGCGAGCCAAGGGCACCCCAUCACCCUCUACGAACAGCGUCCUCUCCACUGGCACCACACGGAGCCGGAAUUCGCCACUACUGGAUCGAGCCAGCCUGGGCCAGAGCUCGCUGCAGAACGGCAAGGACAGCCUCCCCACGCCGGGCUGCCGGCCCUCACCCGCCGCCCCCCCGGCCCCCGGCGCCCCCCCCCGCGCCCGCCAGCACCCGAAAGCCACCGACGCCAACUGCGACCCCCCCCGGCCCAGCGCCCCCGGGCGGGUCCCGGCCGCCUCCCCCUCUGCGCACAACGUGAGCCAGGCCGGGGGGGAGCGGCCCAGCUUCCCGCGGGGGGUCUCGAGCCGCAGCACGUUCCACGCGGGGCAGCUGCGGGGCCGCGAGCAGCCGGGCCUGCCCUACGCGCUGCCCCCCGCGCCCCCCGGCCUCGGGCCCCCCCCAUCGCCCUCCGGAGCCAGCCAGGGCCGGCGCGGCCCCCCCGGCUCCAGCCUCUUCAGCAAAUUCACCUCCAAGUUCGUGCGGAGAAAUCUGUCUUUCAGGUUUGCCAGAAGGAACCCGCACGAGCCCGAGAGCAAGGACCGGGUGGAGACACUGAGACCCUCGGUGGCUCCGGACAAGGACCCGCGGGACGGCGCCAGCCGCGACGUCAAGCCCCGUUCCUUGCGCUUCACGUGGAGCAUGAAGACCACGAGUUCCCUGGAGCCCGGCGAGAUGCUGCGGGAGAUCCGGAAGGUUCUGGAUGCCAACAGCUGCCGCUGCGAGCCCCAGGAGCGCUUCGUGCUGCUCUGUGCCCACGGUGCCCCCGGCCACGACUCCUUCGUGCAGUGGGAGAUGGAGGAGGCGCAGGCGCUGAAGGAGCGGGGGAACCGGGCGCUGGCGGCGGGGGACGUGGCGGCCGCCGUGCGCCAUUACUCGGCCGCCAUCGCGCUGGACGCCACCAACCACGUCCUGUUCAGCAACCGCUCGGCGGCCUACGCCAAGCAGGGCGAGUACGGGCGGGCCCUGGCCGAUGCCUGCCGCACCCUGGAGCUGCGCCCGGACUGGGCCAAGGGUUACUCGCGCAAGGCGGCGGCGCUGGAGUUCCUGCAGCGGCUGGAGGAGGCCAAGGCCGCCUAUGAGGAGGGGCUGCGGCACGAACCCGGCAACGCCCAGCUCCGGGACGGGCUGCGGGGGGUGGAGGCGCGGCUGGCGGAGCGGAAGCUGCUGAACCCCUUCAGCGCCCCGGACCUGCUGGGCCGGCUCGAGGGGGACCCGCGGACGCGCGCGCUGCUGCGGGACCCCGAAUACCGCCACCUGCUGGAGCAGCUGCGCAGCGACCCCGCGCAGCUCGGCUCGAAGCUGCAGGACCCUCGGGUCAUGACCACCCUGAGCGUGCUGCUGGGGGUGGAGCUGAGUGGGGCCGAGGAGGAGGAGGAGGCGCCCUCCCCCCCCCCCCCGCCCCCCCCCAAACCCCCGGCCCAGCCCCCCCCGCCCGAGGAGCUCCCCGAGAACAAGAAGGAGGCCCAGCAGGAGAAGGAGCUGGGCAACGCCGCCUACAAGCGCAAGGAGUUCCCCGCGGCGCUGGCUCACUACACCCGCGCCGAGGAGCUGGACCCCACCAACAUGAGCUACGUCACCAACCAGGCGGCCGUCUACUUCGAGAGCGGGGACUACGCGCGGUGCCGGGAGCUCUGCACCAAGGCCAUCGAGGUGGGGCGGCAGAACCGGGAGGACUACAGGCAGAUUGCAAAGGCCUACGCGCGCAUCGGGAACUCGUACCUGCGCGAGGAGCGCUACAAGGACGCCAUCCACUUCUAUAACAAGUCCUUGGCCGAGCAUCGCACCCCGGAUGUGCUCAAGAAGUGCCAGCAGGCAGAGAAGAUCCUAAAGGAGCAGGAGCGCUUGGCUUACAUCGACCCCGAGCUGGCGCUGCAGGAGAAGAACAAAGGCAAUGAAUGCUUCCAAAGAGGGGAUUACCCGCAGGCCAUGAAGCACUACACCGAGGCCAUCCGGCGCAACCCGCACGAGGCCCGGCUCUACAGCAACCGUGCUGCCUGCUACACCAAGCUGCUGGAGUUCCCCCUCGCCCUCAAGGACUGUGAGGAGUGCAUCCGCCUGGAGCCCUCCUUCAUCAAAGGCUACACCCGGAAGGCGGCGGCGCUGGAGGCCAUGAAGGAUUACAGCAAGGCCAUGGACGUCUACCAGCGCGCCCUCGACCUGGACUCCGGCUGCAAGGAGGCCGCCGAGGGCUACCAGCGGUGCCUGCUGGCGCAGUACAACCGGCAGGACAGCCCCGAGGAGGUGAAGCGCCGCGCCAUGGCCGACCCCGAGGUGCAGCACAUCAUGAGCGACCCCGCCAUGCGCCUCAUCCUCGAGCAGAUGCAGAAGGACCCCCAGGCCCUCAGCGAGCACCUCAAGAACCCGGUGAUCGCGCAGAAGAUCCAGAAGCUGAUGGAUGUGGGGCUCAUCGCCAUCCGGUGACCCCCCCCUUACCUGCCCCACACCCCCCACACCA